CGUGCUGCCUCCAAAGACGCUUCCUUCCCUGGCAGGAGGAGGAAAUCACCUGAAGCCGGCUGCGUGCGUGGGAAGGGAAGAGGAAAAGUGGGGCAAUAUUGGCGGGAACGUGAAGCGACCCUUGGCGCCUCUGUUGCUUUUGGCGACGAAGGGGAAAGGGGGAGAGUGGAUUCUCCGUCUGUUGUAGUUGGCCCCGACGAACGGAAAGACGCGUCGCCCUUUGCCAGCGUUCCCGCACCAGACACCCAACACACACACACACACACACACAAAGAACACAACCCCACUCGUGCUCUGGUGAGUCACAAGCAGGUCAGGAGGACCGCACGGGAAGGGAGGGGCGCAAAGCCUUCGGAGCCGCCGCAAGAGCUGCGAGCCGCCACAAGAGAGGGAGAGGAGCUCGCUCAAGCCCUGUCACAGCCAGUGCUAGAGGCUCCCUCGCAGGCGGCGCCAGAGGCGUCUCGGCGUCCUUCCUCCAGGUGGCUCAGCUGCAGAAGGGAAAGGGGAAGCGUGUGGCUCCCGUAGUCCGGGCCGUUGGUGGGACAGUAAGCGAGGAAGCCAAAUGCUAAGGACCCGGCCACUGAACAGCUGUGCCCUCGCCUUCAGCAGAGAAGGAUAAAUCUGCAGUUAUGAACCUUUUUGCUACUUCUCCCUUUGGGAUUAUAUUAUUACUGUCUACCUUGCUACAGAAGAGCAAUGGCAAAUGUAACGAAGCAGGUUCAAAGAGAGAGAUGAAUUUGAGCAUCCAGUACCAACUUCCAUAUUUCUUUGCGGAAACCCCGAUACAAAAUAUUAUUCUCUACAGACAGCACCUGUAUGUAGGUGCAGUCAAUAAAAUCUAUGUCUUAAAUGAAACUCUUCACAACGUCUAUGAAUACAAGACUGGACCUGUUCUGGAGAAUCCAAAUUGUGCUCCAUGUGAUGAAUGUAAGCCUAAAGGAAAUCAAUCUGAUAUUUGGAAAGAUAACAUUAACAUGGCUCUACUCUUUGAAACAUACUACGAUCAUCAUCUUAUCAGCUGCGGUAGUGUGGCCAAAGGAACCUGUCAGCGCCAUGUAAUUUAUCCUGAUAAUCCUGCUGACAUUGGAAGUAGAGUACACUGCAUGUAUUCCAAACUGAUGGACGAGGAAUCAGAUGAGUGUCCUGACUGUGUUGUAAGCCCCUUAGGAACCAAAAUUCUGGUGGCAGAAAAAGAAAGAUUUGUAUAUUUCUAUGUUGGCAAUACUGUAAGUAAUUCACCCGAGCAGGACCAUUUGCUUCAUUCAAUAUCUGUUCGAAGAUUAAAAGAAACUCUGGAUGGAUUUGAGUUCCUCACGGCUUAUUCUUACAUUGAUAUUCUUCCAGAAUUCAGGGAUUCAUACCCCAUCAAGUAUGUUCAUGCAUUUGAAAAGGACCAUUUUGUGUACUUCCUUACCGUUCAAAGAGAAUCUCUUGACUCCCAAGCUUUUCAUACAAGGAUUAUACGGUUUUGCUCUUUUGAUUCUGAGUUGCAUUCAUACGUGGAAAUGCCCCUUGAAUGCAUUUACACUGAAAAACGUAAGAAGAGGUCAGCUAAGAGGUCAAAUGAGGUAUUUAAUAUUUUACAGGCUGCAUAUAUUGGUAAGCCAGGUGCAACCUUAGCCCAGCAAAUGGGCCUUAAUAUGAAUGAUGAUAUUUUAUUUGGUGCUUUUGCCCAAAGUAAACCAGACUCUUCAAACCCGACUCCUAAAUCUGCUGUCUGUGCAGUUUCUAUCAAAACCAUCAAUGAAUUCUUUGGCAAGAUUGUAGACAAACAAAACAUGAAAUGUCUGCAGCAUCUCUACAAGAAGAACAACAAAUACUGUCUGAACAAGACUUUUUCAAGAAACACCUCUUACUGUGGAGCUCAAGAUGACGAGUAUCGGGUGGAGGUUACUACAGCUUUGCAGAGAAUUGACUUAUUCACACAGCAAUUCAACGCUAUCCUCUUAACUUCUAUAUCUGUCUUCAUUAAAGGGGAUCUUACUAUAGCAAAUCUGGGGACAUCUGAAGGACACUUUAUGCAGAUAGUGAUCUCUCGUUCUGAACGCACAACACCAUACAUGAAUUUCCAUUUAGAUUCCCACCCUGUUUCUUCAGAAGUUAUCAUUGAGAAUUCCCUAGGCAAUGAUGGGCAUAUUCUGGUGAUCACUGGGAAGAAGGUAACCAAGAUUCCACUAAAUGGACCGGGAUGUUCUCACUUUAGCACGUGCAGUCAGUGCCUUCUAGCACCUUCUUUUAUGAACUGUGGAUGGUGUGGCAAUCAGUGUGUGAGGCCACAGGAAUGCCAUAUAGGAGGAUGGACACAGAACAUAUGUUUACCUAAAAUCUCUGAGAUUAUUCCAAAAAGUGCUGCUUUUGAUGCUUCAACAAGACUGACACUGUGCGGGUGGGAUUUUGGAUUCAGUAAAAAUAAUAAGCUCAGCUUAAAAAAAAUAUCAGUCUUUGUCGGGGGACAGCGAUGCAUUGUGGAUGGCAAGACUAGUGACAAAAACAAAUUGGAGUGCAAGCUUGGGCCUGUAAAGAAUACAAGUUUUAAUGUUUCAAGCAGUGUUUCAAAUGGACAAGCUAAUACCUCUUUGAAUACAUUUUCUUAUGUGGAUCCGAGAAUAAGGCAGAUUUCUCCUAAUUAUGGUCCAAGAUCUGGCGGAACAUUGUUGACAUUAACUGGGGAAUAUUUAAACAGCGGGAAUUCGCAAGAAAUUUCUAUCUGCAAAAAGCAGUGCAACCUAACCAGUGUGACUGCUAAUACCAUAGAAUGUUACAGUCCUUUUCAAAGAGAAACGUUGGAAUGCCUUGUUGAAAUGAAAAUUGAUUCGGCCAGUCGUUUAGCAGGUCAUUUUACCUACAGGGAAGACCCUGCUGUUUCUAAAAUUUAUCCAGUAAAAUCUUUCCUUAGUGGUGGAAGUACAAUUACAGCUCAAGGGAUAAACCUGAAUUCAGCAUUCUCUCCAAAGAUGUUGGUAACAGUCCCAAAGAUAGGCAGAAACUUCAGUGUGGCAUGUGACCAUCGUUCAGAUUCUGAAAUAAUCUGUUGUACAACUCCUUCACUGAAAGCCUAUGAGCUGAUGUUGCCUUUUGUUACAAAAGUGUUUUUCAUUUUUGAUGGUGUCACUUCAUCUGGUUUUAAUUUUGAUUAUGUGAAUGACCCUGACUUUACCAUUUCUGAAACACCAUUGUUGGUUUCCAAGGGAAGUCAGAAUGUAAUAAUUAAGGGAAGUAACAUUGACUCUGAAGCUGUUAAAGGCGAAGUAUUAAAAAUUGGAAACAAGAGUUGUGAGAACAUCACUUUGAAGUUGCAGUCUGUUUCUUGUACCAUUCCUAAGGAGCUGCUCAAAACCAACCAUGAAUUAAAUAUAGUGUGGAAAAAAGAAAUUUCAUCAACAGUUAUUGGGAAAGUAAUGAUUCAACCAGACUCAAAUUUCACAGGACUCAUUGCAGGCAUUGUGGCAACAACAUUUUUUCUCUUGCUGCUAGCAUUUGGAUUUCUCUUUUGGAGAAAAAAGAGAAAGCAAAUCAAAGAUUUAGGUGGAGAGAUUGUUCGCUAUGAUGGCAGAGUACACACUCCUCAUUUGGACAGGCUUGUGAGUGCAAGGAGUGUAAGCCCUACAACUGAAUUAGUGUCAAGUGAAUCUGUAGACUAUAGAUCAACUUUUUUGGAAGACCAGUUUCCAACUUUAUCUCAGAAUGGAUCUUGCAGGCCAACCCAAUAUCCUCAUGUGGACCUAUCUCCCAUUCUGUCUACUGGAGACUCCGAUUUAGCUAGUCCAUUGUUACAGACUAAUGUUCACAUUGACAUCAAUGCCUUAAAUCCAGAUCUGGUCAAAGAAGUUGAGCAUGUUGUUAUUGGUGCUGAUAAUAUGAUUGUUCACUUCAGUGAAGUAAUAGGAAGAGGGCAUUUUGGAUGUGUUUAUCAUGGAACUUUAUUGGAUACUGAUGGCAAGAAAAUUCAUUGUGCUGUGAAAUCCUUGAACAGAAUUACAGAUUUGGAUGAAGUAGCUCAAUUCUUAAAAGAAGGAAUUAUAAUGAAGGAUUUCACUCAUCCCAAUGUCUUGUCACUACUUGGAAUUUGCUUGCCUAAUGAAGGUUCUCCUUUGGUGGUGCUUCCCUAUAUGAAACAUGGAGAUCUUCGGAACUUUAUUAGAAAUGAAUCUCAUAAUCCAACAGUGAAGGAUCUGAUUGGAUUUGGUCUGCAAGUAGCAAAAGGGAUGAAAUACCUUGCAAGCAAAAAGUUUGUCCAUAGGGAUUUAGCAGCAAGAAAUUGUAUGCUGGAUGAAAAUUUCAUAGUCAAGGUUGCUGAUUUUGGACUUGCGAGAGAUGUAUAUGAUAAGGAGUACUACAGUGUACACAAUAAAACAGGAGCAAAAUUGCCAGUAAAAUGGAUGGCUUUAGAAAGUUUGCAAACCCAGAAAUUCACUACAAAGUCAGAUGUGUGGUCCUUUGGUGUUUUACUUUGGGAGCUGAUGACAAGAGGCGCACCUCCUUAUCCUGAUAUCAGCUCUUUUGAUAUUACCGUUUACUUACUGCAAGGAAGGAGGCUCUUGCAGCCUGAAUAUUGUCCUGAUCCACUAUACGAAGUCAUGCUCAAAUGCUGGCAUCCAAAGCCUGAACUACGGCCAGCCUUUUCUGAGCUAGUUUCAGAUAUAUCCAUGAUCUUCUCCACUUUUAUUGGGGAACAUUAUGUUCAUGUGAAUGCCACCUACGUCAACGUGAAAUGUGUCACACCAUAUCCGUCUCUGCUGUCAUCACAAGAUAAUAUAGAUAGAAAUGCAGAUACAUGAUGAAGUUCAUUAAACUGUGCUAAAGGGGAAAGGGCAUAAAUAAUGGCCAACUACUUUUUAAGUGUUUUUCUGUGUGUGAAACCACUGCAUAUGUGUAUAUGUUGUUAAAAUUGCACUAUUUUGAGGAGGCAAUUCAAGUUGCUGAAAUCUACAAGGUAAAUGUAUUGUUCAGAUAUAAUUUUCAUGUGAGAUGGGCAAUUGCAGUAAUUACACUGCAGUGGAAAUUCUUCAUCUACUGCCAGAUAUCACUCACUGUGAGCAGUCUAGCUACUGUUAUACUGUUAUUGAUUUACAACAGUUCGCUUAGUGACUCUUCAAAAUUACCUCGGCACUAAAAAAAAGUAAUUUAUGACCAUUUUCCCACUUAUGACUAUUGUAGCAUCCCCUUGGUCAUGUGAUUGAUAUUCAGAUGCUUGACAACUGACUCACAUUUAUGACAGUUGCUGUGUCCCAGAGUCACAUGAUUACCUUUUGCAACAUUCUGACAAGCAAAAUCAAUGGGGAAAUCAGAUUCACUUAACAAUUAUGUUACUAAUUUAACAAUUGUAGUGAUUCACUUAACAACUGUGGCAAGUCAUAAAAUGGGGCAAAACUCACUUAACAAAGUUCUCACUUAGCAACAUAAAUUUUGGGUUUAAUUGUGCUCAUAAGUUGAGGACCACCUAUACUCUGCAGAACUGAUGUUUCAGAAAUUUCUCAGUUACUCAUAAUACAAGAUACUGAGAGUUGAUAUUAUUAGUCAAGUGCUUUUCACUGAAUAAGGGCCAAACUAAAUAAAUAUUCUAACAUUCAAAGAUUUUACUUCACUGUUGAUGUUUAUUUGAUAUAGCAGUUUAUAUUACUAUAUAAGUAGCCCAGAUCUAAUGGACAUUAAUCAGAUUGUCCGAGCUAUCACUACACAGAUUUUUAAAAUAAUUUUGGAAUACUGAUGGCAAUACAACAGAUUAUUAUGUCAUAUUGCGGAUGUACCAGCCACAAACAGAGCAUAAUGAAUAUUUAAAGAAAAUGUUUCUGUACUACGACAAGAAUGAAAUCUGUCAGAAAUUCCUUUACUCAGUAGGCUGAAGAGUAUGUUAGCUAUGUGGACAAAAUUCCACAGGAGGAUACUGAACUGUGCAGGGAAACAGUAAAGGUUUAGUAAAAGUGUCUGUGUGAAAAAUUCAACAGAAAAAAAGUGAAGAGCUUGAAUCAAGAUGCUAGCCUAUUCAGUCAAAGGGAGCGCAUCUUUACAUUACUGCUGCUAAAUUCAGCUCAUCACAUUUAAACAAGUUUUUAUUAAAAAAUGAAAUAAAAAUCCUGCAAAUAUAGAUCACAGCUGCUUGAUUUUGUCAACUGGUUCUUAAGAUUUUGACAUGACAUAAGCCUUCCUGAUGACCAAAAUAUUUUUUAAAAGCGUAUUUUUUUUAAAAAAAGGUUAACUUUUGACUGAACAUCAUACUGGUUUCUGUUCCUGUGGAAUCCUGUGCAUUCUACUGUAUAGACUAUUUGAUGUAGAAUCAACAGAUAGGUGAGGAAUGUUGGUGUGUGUAUGUGUGUAAACUUUCAAAUCAUUCUAUUUUUAUACUGAUUUUUAAUUAAUUUUAUAGAUAGGUGUAUAGAUAAAUUCUUGGCUAGGGUAUAAAAUAUUGCACUGUGAACACUUCAGAAAUAUUUUAUCACAGCUUUUAAUAUUUAUAAAGUUGUUUAAAAACUCUAAUCCUGUAAAGACUGGAAAGCCAAGAACUGUUGCAAGCCACUUGUAACCCAAGUGUUUAAUCUCCUUUUCUGGAAUCAGACAUAUUUUGAUAUCUUUGAGGAGACAGUACUUAUAAAGAAGCCAAUUACAGGGAAGAUUUAUUGUUCCACAGAAAGGAUACCACACUAAAAGAUUUAUGAUGAGAUUGGAGUGGUAAGCAAACUACUUGCUGAUAAUACUGGAUUAUAUUGAACUGCCACAUCCAUUUCAGUAGCAAAUACUUCAUGUCUGCUGAGAAAGCAAUAUUACCUGUAAAAGGCCUUAGCACAAAAACAUAAUUCUCCUUCAGGCAAAGAGAAAAAAAAUGCUUGAAGGUUAAGGCAAAUUAUUAUACCAUAGUUUAAUAUUGAUAAUAUAAACCUACAUACACAAGGAAUGCAGGGUGCAGGGAUGAAAUAUUGUAAUAUUUAUGUGAUAAAAUUAAUGCCAUGUCUGGGACUCCUGUAAAUAAUGUUCAAUUGUUGUAGGGAUUUGAUGUUUUACAUUCAUAUACUUGCCAAUCGGAUAAAUGGUACUUGCCUUUUUAAUUGUGAUACCUAAUAAAAAAUAAAACAUUUGUAUAUUGGCAA